AUGGAGCAGCCGCGUCCGGGAGAGAUGGAAGAUGACAUGGAUUCUUACAUUGUGUAUUCUAAUUUUACCUCCGAAUACGAAGAUCUUUACAAACUGCUACUUCCAGAAAAUGGUUAUACUUUACCAGAAGAGUUCAAUCAUGGGUUAAAAAUUACGUUAGCUGUCAUAUACAGCUUCCUGGCUGCGGGUGCCAUACUUGGGAACGCUUGUAUCUUUAUGGUGAUUUUGAUAACACCGGCGCUUAGGACCGCUACCAACACGUUCAUCCUUUCGUUGGCGGCGAGUGACGCUCUUGUAGCGGCGUGGACAAUGCCAAUGCAGCUUGUGUUCUAUAUCCGGAACGAGUGGACGCUUGGAGACGCAAUGUGCAAGGCGACAAGCUACGUACAGGGGACCAGCAUCCUAGCCAGCAUCCUGACCCUCACUGCCAUCUCCGUUGAGAGAUAUUACGUGAUCUGGACUCCAAUAAAAGCCCGCUAUAUUCGAAGUACAAGGACUGCCAUCUUUACGGUUAUGUCGCUAUGGGGCGUUGCCAUGGUAAUCAUGCUGCCGUUAAUUUGGAUACAGCGUUUAGAACAGCGACUUGCUCUGCAGCCGGAAGCUGUUCCACCGAUAAGAAUCGCCAAGUUGUGUGUUGAGUAUUUCCCCAAAUUCGAGUAUGACGUUCUGUAUACGUACGGCUUCUUCGUUUUAUUUUUCCUAGGACCUCUCGGGUUGAUGACGUAUGCGUACGGACGGAUGGCGCGCAUCCUAUGGCUCCGGAAAUACAUUGGGGAGGAGGUGGUGGCCACGCAGGUCAGCGAUAAACGCGAAGCCCAGAAGCGCAGUUUCGUCCGCAUGCUUCUUGUCAUAGUAUUGUGUUUCACCCUUUGCUGGCUGCCGUUCUUCACAGUGCACUUGGUUCUCGUGCACGUUCCAUUUACGUACCGCCUUCGCGUAUUUCUGGCGUUCGCCAAGGUGUUUGGGUACUUCAACGCCUUUAUCAACCCGUUUAUUUACUUCUUCCUCAACCGGAAGUUCAACCGAGCCCUGCGGAAAAUGGUUCCCGGUCGCAAGUGCUACUCUGGACGUCGGUCAGCUAAGUACAGCCGGAAACCGACCACACAAGUAACCGCUUUCUGA